AUAUGACCGCCUGAGAUUCAACAUGGCUCGCGUGCUGUUCUUUUAUCUGUUUACUCUGUCGGGUGUUUUCGCCGGACGGUAUUUUAACGAGAACGAGCCCUGCUACAAGCCCCAGCAGAGGAGAAACCUACAGGGAGUGAAGACUGGACCACGUCCUUAUGAGUCUAUGAAUUUGAAAGAACUGCCCAAAGAGUGGGACUGGAGAAACAUCAAAGGCGUCAACUACGUCAGCACUACACGCAACCAACAUAUACCUCAGUACUGCGGCUCCUGCUGGGCGCAUGGGAGCACUAGUGCAUUAGCAGAUCGUAUCAACAUCAAGCGUAAAGCAGCAUGGCCGUCAGCAUAUCUCUCUGUCCAGAACGUGAUUGACUGUGGAGACGCAGGUUCCUGCAGUGGUGGAGAUCAUUCUGGUGUGUGGGAAUAUGCUCACAAUAAAGGCAUUCCUGAUGAAACCUGCAACAACUAUCAGGCCAAGGACCAGGACUGCAAACCAUUCAAUCAGUGUGGCACCUGCACAACCUUUGGCGUGUGUAACAUAGUGAAGAACUUCACUCUCUGGAAGGUUGGAGACUAUGGUUCAGCCAGUGGACUGGACAAGAUGAAAGCUGAGAUUUAUUCAGGAGGACCCAUCAGUUGUGGGAUCAUGGCAACAGAUAAGCUUGAUGCCUACACUGGUGGUUUGUACUCCGAGUACGUGCAGGAGCCCUACAUAAACCACAUCGUCUCUGUAGCCGGAUGGGGUGUAGAUGAGAAUGGAGUGGAGUUCUGGGUCGUCCGUAAUUCCUGGGGAGAGCCAUGGGGUGAGAAAGGCUGGCUCAGAAUAGUCACCAGCGCAUACAAGGGCGGCAGUGGAAGCCAAUACAACCUCGCCAUCGAAGAGGACUGCAUGUACGGAGAUCCAAUCCUUCCCAAGAACUACCUGUAGUCGUCUGUGAUGUGCCGUUCACAGAGUAAACGCUGUCUUAAGAUGAACCUGCACUUACCAAAUUUAUAUCAAAGGUUAGGAGUGAUUUUCUGAAUCUGCCUGAGAUCAGUUGUGGAGGUUUUGCUUUAUUUUUUAAUCGACACCUCAGGAAUGUUUUCUUUGAAAUUGUACAGAUUUGUAUUUGUAAUUUUUUUUUAACACCAAUUCAUGAACAAAGGGAAAAGCAGUGCCCGUUUCUUUUUUUUAUAUACCAGUAGGACAUCUAGCACUUUAGGAUGUUUUAAUGGACUGAUCUCUGGUCAUAGUUUUGGGGUUUGCUAUUGUGUAUUUAAAGCAGAAGUACACCAUUUCCUUGAACAUUAAAGCAAAAUACCCAUAAAUGAUUGCUGUCAAACCAUAUCAACAGCCUCAAUCACUGAACUGUUUUGUCACACUUCAGUAAAAGUCUUACCCAACUA